AUGACAAACAAUACUAUGGGUACUUGUCCUCUAGGAGGUCUUUGGUGGGGUGCUCAUCUAUCAUCUCAUAUAACAAUACUGAAUGAUCAAAUUAUAGGAUGCCCAGCGAGCGACCUUCGAGCAGCUGGACUCGGACACGGGGAAGCUGGAGACGAAGGAUCAAUGAAUCUUGGCUCCUAUUGGCCGAACGUGUAUUGUUCUUCUGGAAGUUGGUGGAUAUGUUCACGCCAGACCCCUUCAUUUCAAGGGUGUUGUGAUAUCGAUCCAUGCUCGAGCAAAGCUACCAAUUGCCCUCAAGCUCAUCUAUAUCCUGCGGCAUUUAAGUCGGUAACUAAUACUUUGAGCUUUCUUGGCUCACAGAGUACUACGUUUCAGACGAGCAUCCUUCCAACGGCAACUUUUCCACUCUCUAUAAUUUCUAUGACGACCCCACCUGGAGCAUCUACGACUGAUCAAUCUCUAUCAUCAGCAUAUCCAAAAUUGUCAAGGACUACACCUUGGAACAGUACAGGGUACUCGACCCAGUCUUCGUCGAACUAUUCAAACUCUGGCGCUGAGCCUACAACUUCCUCAAUUCUCUAUUUCACCCCAUCCAGUAUCCCAAUUUCCACCGGAAUUGCGCCACCAAGUAUAAUAUUGACCGACUGCAAUGCUGCCAAUAAUAAAAGCACAUUCAUGGCAGCUGUUUCCAGUAUUGUGACUGUAACAUCGAUAUCGACAUUCACAGCUGUCCGAAUAUCAGUGUAUACAGUACCUUAUAUCUCAUCAGACACUACGUACCCCUCUGAUUUACUACCUUUAUUCACAACCACAUCAAGCUCCGUUCAAAAAUCUCCUGACUCCUCUUCCAUGACCUCUCCUCUCUACGCAGCCAGCUCCACAUCCCUAUCUCCAACAACUAGCACUGCCCUCCCUUCCGGCACUACAACCGAUACGAGACUCAUCGCAUGGGGUGCUAGUGGUGGAGUCGCCUUUAUCUUGGUCUUUGCGCUCGUAUCUUGGCUUCUACGUCGUCGUGGAAAGCGAGCCAACAUGAACAACAGCAAACCAAUUACAACUUCCUUAUCUACCCGACUACCGUGGAAAAAGACAUCGAAAGAAAUUCCCCGCAUUUCUCUCUCCAGCUAUCCUUUCAAAGGAAUGGCGCCAUCUACAUCGAACACAAGUGAAGAAGGGGUAAAUGAGACCUGGUCUGCCAGCUUGGGAGACUAUAGAAAUCUGGGCCUUAUUGAUGUAUCGAAAUUAGGUUUGAAUAAUGAUUCAGAGCCUAGUAAUCAAAAGCCAACGCACUUCUCUGGAUAUGAAUCGCAUUAUUCACGACCAUUCCAAUCUCAGGCUUUACCUAACAAUGAAAUCUCAACAUCUCUUGCAGGAGGAUUAGAUAGGAAUUCUUUUGCUCAGAGAAUGGUACAGAGGGGCUGGGAUGCAGUUGACCUGCAUAAUGGAUAUGUAGGGCGAGAUGAUGGAAAUGAAUGCCAUGGUGAGAAUGAUAGGAGGCGCUGA